AUGAUGUCUGUCGAAAAACUCAUUUUCCCUGAAAACAACAGAAAUCUUGAAGAAAACCGAGACCAAGCCAAAAUCGUUUCUGUAUAUGAGCCAAAAGAUAUGACAAAAAGAGGCAAUGAGCCAGGUCCAUGUUUUCCUCCAGCAGUCGCUCGGAAAUCUAUAUGCGAAACAGGACCCGGAGAAUUUUCUGAAAUUUCGUCUAAUCAUGAGAAUGAAGAAUUAGCUAACAUUAAAUACCUCCCUAUAGCUACGAAUGUUACUACAACGAUUAACUCGCGUCUUUCACCUUCACCGAUACAAAAUAAUAAAACUGAAACCCCGGAAACGCAGCAAUCUGCCAGCUCUGGUGAUCUUAAAGCUUCAGCUCAACAAGCAAACGACCUUAGAAAUAUCGUUAGAAGAAAGUUAACAGGGUAUGUGGGGUUUGCAAAUCUACCUAACCAGUGGCACCGCAAAAGCGUACGAAAAGGAUUUCAUUUCAAUGUUAUGGUCGUCGGUGAAUGCGGGCUGGGUAAAUCGACAUUAGUGAAUACAUUAUUCAACACCUCCCUAUAUCCCCCACGAGAACGUAAAGGUCCCAGCCUCGACAUAAUUCCAAAAACGGUUUCUAUACAGUCAAUAAGUGCUGAUAUAGAAGAGAAUGGAGUCCGUUUACGGUUGACUGUGGUUGACACACCUGGCUUUGGUGACUUUGUUAAUAAUGAUGAAUCGUGGAGACCAAUCAUUGAUAAUAUUGAACAGCGUUUUGACGCGUACUUGGACGCUGAGAAUAAAGUAAAUCGAAUGAAUAUUGUCGAUAAUCGUGUUCACGCAUGCGUUUACUUCAUACAACCAACAGGCCACGCCUUGAAGCCUCUUGACAUCGAGGUUAUGCGGAGAUUGCAUACCAAGGUCAAUUUGAUCCCAGUCAUAGCCAAAGCUGAUACCCUCACUGAUGAAGAAAUCGGGGCAUUUAAAUCCAGAAUUUUAGCAGAUAUUAAACAUCACGAUAUCCAGAUUUUUGAGGGUCCACGAUAUGAGUUAGAUGAUGAGGAGACUAUUGCGGAAAACAAUGAAAUUAUGUCGAAAGUGCCUUUUGCUGUUGUAGGGGCAAACUCAGAAAUAGACAGCCCUGACGGACGCAAGGUUCGCGGGCGAAGUUACCCUUGGGGUGUCAUUGAAGUAGAUAAUGAAGAACAUUGUGACUUCGUAAAAUUACGACAAAUGCUAAUUCGCACGCACAUGGAGGAGCUAAAAGAGCAUACAAACAACGCCCUCUACGAAAACUAUCGUUCUGAAAAGCUUACCGGAAUGGGAGUUGCUCAAGAUCCAAGUGUGUUCAAGGAAGUUAAUCCAGCUGUAAAGCAAGAAGAAGAGCGCACUUUGCACGAGCAAAAACUAUCCAAGAUGGAAAGCGAAAUGAAGAUGGUAUUCCAACAAAAAGUUGCAGAAAAAGAAAGCAAAUUGAAACAGAGCGAGGAGGAAUUGUAUGCACGUCAUCGUGAGAUGAAAGAACAAUUGGAGCGUCAACGAAUUGAACUAGAAGAGAAGAAAUCUAGAAUCGAAAGUGGCCGACCUUUAGAGGAGAAAGGGAAAAGGAAAGGAUUCUCUCUCCGCUGA